AUGGAUAAGAUGAUUCUUGCAAAUCAAAAGCCAGUUCACUUUGUCAAUGAGUGUGAACUUUAUCAAGGUUAUCAAGAAGGUAUGGAAGCUUGUGUUGAGAGACAAGAAGAGGUCAAUUAUGUUGGUGGCCAGGGGUAUAACAAGUUCAAUCCUAAUUACCGCAACCAUCCAAAUCUCUCUUACCACAGCACUAAUGUGGAGAACCCACAAGAUCAGACUUAUCCACCACAAAAACCUCCUGGUUUUCCUUCUCAACCCAAUUAUCAGCCUAACCCUCAAGGGAACUACCAAGCCAAGCCUCAAACCUAUUCCCAACCUCAGCAACAAAUGAAUGCACCACACCCUCAAGGAACAGUAGAUGACACAAAUGCUUUACUUAGACAACUCCUAGAAGGACAAGGAAGAGGAGCCAUUGAACUUGCCACACAAAUGAAAGCCAUGCACCACAAAGUUGAAAAUGUCUAUGGUGCGUUAAAUGCCAAGAUUGAGAGGUUGAAAACACAGGUCCAGGGACAAGCUUUGUCCUCUUCACCAAGACAAAUUGGUUCACUACCGGGAAAACCAAAACCAAACUCAAAAGAGUUUUGCAAUGCCAUCUUCACGAAAGAAGUGAACAGGGUUACUAUUGAGAAAACUGAGAAAGGAUCUAGGGGUAAUGAGAUAGUCACCAAGGAGGUUGAAAAGAAAGAUGCACCAAGUGUUGCUUUUUCUCUUUAUAGUCCUCCACUUCCAUUUCCACAAAGGGUUCUUACAAAGGCUAAAAAGAAAGUGCUCUCAAGUUUCAAAGCUAAUAUGAGUAGAGUUGGAGCACCUUUGCCUUAUGUGGAUAGCUUGUCUCAAGUUCCUCUCCAUAUAGAGUUUCUCAAAGCUAUUCUAGCAAACAAAGAGAAGGUGGAAGAAAUCAUGGGAAUCUUUGAUUCACCAAGUGAACAACAGCCUGGACCAAAAUCACUCUCUAAGAUUGAAGAUCCUGGCAGAUUCACUAUACUUUGUUCACUUGGUGCCUUACAACUUGAUGAUGCUUUAUGUAAUUCAGGAGCAAGUGUUAAUGUGAUGUCACUUGAGAUGGUAAAGAGUCUUGGGAUCAAAGACAUGAAGCAACCCUCUUCUUCCAUCAUGUUUGGAGAUGCUUCCUCAAAAUCUCCACUUGAUUUUAUUGAGAACUAUCCACUCAAGGUUGGUGAUUGCACGGUUCCAACAGACUUCAUGGUAGUUGAAACCAACAAGCUCCCUCUCAUACUAUGA